AUGAGGACACUAAAUCUGAGAUUCAACUUCAUCACCAAUAGCAUGGUCAAGGACAUAACUUCAAGAGAUAGCAAACAGUUUCAAAUGAAUCUUUUGGGGUGCAAGAAUUUGACUUUCUACAACGUUGGAAUUAGUGCACCAGAAGUGAGCAUUAAUACAGAUGGAAUUCACAUUGGACGGUCCUCAGGGUUCAAUAUAACCAAUUCAACUGUAGAGACCGGAGAUGAUUGUGUCUCAAUUGGUGAUGGCAGUGAGCAAAUUAAUAUCCAAAGCGUAACCUGCGGACCCGGCUAUGGCAUCAGUGUGGGAAGUCUAGGAAAGUGCCCCAAUGAAGAACCUGUGGUUGGCAUUAGUGUCAAGAACUGUACCUUCACCCAGAAUGGCAUGAGAGUGAAGACAUGGCCUACGUCCCAUCAAGGCACUGCUUCUAAAAUGCAUUUUGAAGAUAGUCUGAAUGAUGUUGCCAAUCCCAAAAUCAAAGAUCAAGAGUACUGCCCCCAUAACCAAUGCAACUUGAAGAGUCCAUCACGCAUUAAGCUCAGUAACUUCAGAAACAUCCGGGGCACUACCUCAACUCAGGUUGUUGUCAAGCUUGUUUGUGAUCAGGGAGUCCCAUGCCAAGACGUGGAGCUUGGUGACAUCAACUUGAAAUACAACGAAAAUGAAGGCCCAGCCAUGUCAUAAUGCAAGAACAUUAAACCAAAUCUACUGGGCAAGCAACUGCCAAGGACUUGUGCCUAAGAUGCUUAAUCUUCUUUCGAAGUCUGAAAAAUUGUACUGCUUCUAUUAUAUAGCUACCUCUUCAUGCUUACGCGUCUGCUAGUUUAUUGGUGAAUAAACUACAAUGAACACACAAAAAUACAACACUCGUCUAUUUUGGAAGGUAUGUGCAGUUUGAUCCCAUGAGAAAAAACAAAUGUCUAUUCAGUCGUUUUUUACAUAA